AUGUCAGAUUACAAUUUCGACCACUCAGAUAUAACUCAGGUGCAGAUCCAGCAUCUCCAACGCAAUCCACUCGAAGCUUGCCAGCGUGAAAAUGCCUCUCUUCAUAUCAGGUUGGAAACUUUUAACCGCAUGCUCCUUGAAGCUAAAGAGGAGUCCGAAACAAGGUUAAAUCGUAUUAAAAAGGUGAGAGAUGAAAGAAAUGCGGCUUUUAAUGAGGGAGAAAAGUAUGCGAGGAGAGAGAUUGAAGUGGAGAUGGGGAUUUUGAAGAAAGAGCGGCAUGACGCGGAGAUGAAGGGUAAGAAAUUGGAGGAGAACGAGGCAAAAACCCAGGAGAUGAUCAAGGAGCUGGAGCUGGAAUUAGAAGAAUUGAGGAAGGGAACGGGUGCAGUGGAAGGAGUGGACGUAGGGUUGAUGAAUUCUUUGAGGGAGGAGAGGGAUAGAUAUGAAGAGGAGCUCAAUGAGGCAAAAGAGGUUAUCAUGGGAAAGGAACUUCAUAUACAGCAUUUGAAGGAGGAAACAAGGAAUGUGUCGGCUAAUGCAGCUGAUACCCCUCCUGUGGAGAGUGCGCGGAUACAGGCUCUUACAGAUCAACUUCAUGCAUUGAUGGCAGAGAGGGAUGAUAUAAGACAACAGCUGGAGAUUGUGACGGAAAAUCUCGUGGGUGGUACGCCAACGGAGCUUACGACUAAAAAAGAAAAGUCAAAGACUACAUUAGGCAAGGAUAAAGAGCCGGAGAUUAAGAGUUUCAGCCUUGGUACAGAGCCAAGUAAGGCCAACUUCCAUGCUAAGAGGAAGAGCUUACAUGUACCCUCUCCUCUAAGACAAUCUACCACUCCCGAAUCAGAAGAAGAUGAAAGUGAUGGACAGCGAGAGAACAAAGAAGAUGAAAAAGUUGAUGAGGAAGAGGAAAGAUUAAAGCAAAGUAUCGAAACUGAUGAAAAGGAUGCAGUAAUGGGAGAUCAGCCACAAGACAGAGAAUUCCUUUCACAACGACUACUUAUUACUCGAAUCAAAAAGCUCGAGAAAAGGAAUAUGCAUCUUGAACGCAGUUACGACAAGUCUCACGUAAUUCUUGCAAUCCUCAGCCUUACUCCCGUCCACUUCGAAGCAUUUCGUCAACGCAAAGAGAGUAAGAGGAAAGAAGGUCUGGUAUUGCUUGAUAUCAUGAGUAAGGAACGCAAUUUUUUAAGGAACCAGAAUCGAAAACUCGAAAAACAACUGCAGUUAUUGGCUGAUCUUCGACGUGAGAAAAUGGGAGAAGACACGGGAGACGUACAGGACUUUAUACUCAUGCAAGAUCGAUAUGAUGCAAAAGAGGAAUCUACGAAGUUAUAUAAAAUAUCAUACGAGAAGGCGGAAUACGCCAUGAAGGAUAUGAUAGAGGAUGGCGCCAACGUGGAUGCUAAUGAAGUUUUAGAGUUACGUAAGGAGAGAGAUCUUCUUGUGAAGCGAAACGAGGAGUUGGAAGAGGAAAUUAAUGGCCCAUUGGGAUUGAGGGAACAAUUGGCCUUUAGUGUUGCCGAAGAUACAGAAGAUAUUGACAUGGCCACUCAAUUAACACGAGUCAAGGCUGAGCUCGAAUGCCGCACAAAGGAGAGAGAUGCAGCUAUUGAAGAGUCCAAAGUGGGAGAAAAUCUCACAUCUAUCAAAGAACUAAUGGAUCAGUUUUCUGAGAAUCUCGAAGCUGAUAUUGACCUGAUUGAGGAGAAAGAUGAACAAGACAAGGAAGUGGCAAAGAAAUAUCGUCAAUGUCAGCGUGAAUUAAGCGACGAGAAAGAAAAGGUCAAAUCUCUCGAGAAGUUUAUAGAGGAUAAGUAUAUGGAAUACGAAAACCUUGCCGGCAAUGUGCAUGAUGAUUCUCUCAGUGCAAGAUUGGCUCGAACAUUGAUCGAACUCUAUCAGACGAAGCGGAAAUUGAUGGAAAGAACAAUACAGAGGAAUAGUCUUAUCAUGAGCGCUGUGGCAUAUUUAGCGACUGUCUUAGGGGAAAAUGAGACGUUGCAGCAGAAAAUAUACAUCCUCCAAAAACAUCCAAACCACGAUCCUCGAAUACCUUUCAAAGACAUCAAUUUGGAAAAUGAGCAGAUGAUCAUCACACUUCGAAAGGAGAUUCAUUCUGCUAGGGAAGAUUUCUAUAAGGCGGGAUGUGAAGCCUAUAAGGCGGACAAGAAGGCGAAGAGAGCGAAAGAAAGAUUGGCCCAAUAUAUUGAGAUGUCUGCAUUUGGACGAGAAUCUCAUCCCAGGGUCCAAGCUCUGAGGCAUGAUAGAGAUAGAAGUCCUCCGGACCCCAAUGCCACUGAUCCGGAAGUUAUUGAGCACUUGAAAACUCAGCUUAAAGACGCUGAUGAUUUGAUGGAUUUGAUUGUUGCAAGGUACCGAGUUUUGGAGAAUGAAAAUGGAGAGCCGAAUACUGAAAGGGUGGAGGUAGCGGAGAGGAGAUUGGAGGAGUGCAUGGAUCUGGUGGAUGGACCGUUAGGUCAAAAAGAGGCAUUUGAUAAUCUCAAGGCGCUGUUGAGUGAGUCGAGGGAGGCGUUGAAGGUUAAAAUGAAUGAGUGGAAUGAGAAGGAUAAGGAGCGUGAUUGGGCUGUUGAGAGCUUGGAGAAAUUGCUGAAGGAGAGUGAAGAAAGGGAAGCGGCGCUCGCUGGGCUUCUACAUGCCACACAAGAGGAUAUGAGGAGGGAAGGUAAACGGGCUGCUAAGGUCGCAGAAAUUGAAGAAAAAUUGGCCAGGAAUGAACAAAGAAUACAGGAUCUACUUCGGGAGAGGGAUGAGCAUAAAGCCGAGGCUGAUGGAUUAGAGUCCUUUCUCCGGGCUAGCGAGACGCAGAUGACCCAACUCGAAGAACAUAUCAGCAAGAGCGAAGAAAAACUCCGAGCCUUGCAACAGGAGAAUGAGAAUCAAAAAGCUGAAGCUGAGAGACUGGAAGAUCUCCUCAAAGCUAUUGAAACAAAAACAGCGGAAUCUUUCACAACAUUAAGAGACGAGGAGGAGGAGAAGUACCGAGGAGAGAUCGAAAAAUUACACCAAAUUCUGCUAUUGAAAGAAGAAGAAGAUGAACAAUUCCGCGAAGAAAUUGAGAGAGUGCAUGAGCUUCUUGAUAUGUCAUUAACAACAUCAAAACGAUUGUCUGAUCUCGAGACUGAAAUCACAAGAUGGAAAACUGUUGCCGAGGAAAGCAUAAGAGAAAUUGAGGAGCUGCAAAAGAAGUUAGAGGAUUCAAAGGCAGAGGUUGAAUUACUUCGUAUAACGAAUAAUCAAAAUUCAGAGACGCAAACAGAAGAGCCCAUCGCCGCAGACAUGGAAAUACAAACAGAUAGCCUUAGAAUUGCGCAGUCUCCAGUCUCAACUUCCCCUGCUCCUCCAAUUUCUGCGGUACCGGCACCUAAAUCGAAGAAAUCUAAAAAGAAAGCCGUCCAAAAGAAACCCAUCACAAAGGAACCUCGAGACUCGAGAUACCAUCCCAGCAAAGGCCCAGGCUCCGAACCAUCAGAUGAAGAAUUAGAAAGUCCAAAAGCGCCCAAACCACAAGCAAAACGAAACAUCUUGCUUCAGCAAGAAAUUGCUCGUCCGGCUCCAUCCCCCUCCCCAGCUCCUUCUCUAACAAUCAAACUUACGUCUAAAGCCCACGCAAACAAAAAGAAAGGGGAAAGGAAAGAUAGAGGGGAACAUGAUCCGGCUUAUAAGAAUGAGGCCGGAGCGGAGUCUGAAGAUGAAGAGAUACCUCCAGCAGAGGUGGUGCAAGAGUCGCCGGUGGAAGAUAAGGUGGAGGUGGAUGGACCCAGGAGGAGUAGGAGGACGAGGAAUCCGAAUCCAGUUUAUACAGGGGAAAUCAUUGUAGAAGAACUAGGGGUGGGGCAAAAGAGGAAAGCUGAUGGGCGUGGGAAUGAUGAGAGGGGGCAAAAGAGGAAAGUGGUUGAGGGUGGAGAUAUUGGGAAAGGGAAGAGGAGUAAAAAAUAG